CAACGCGAUUAGCCCGCUCCCCCUGACGGCAGUGGAGUGUUUGACAGCGGUGAUUGGGUGGGUAGCAGGAUGUGGCGGUGCGCGGUGUUGGCGCUGGUGCUGGCGCUCGCGGUGCCCUGCCGGCCCGAGCAGUGCGUCCUCGAGCCCCCCGUGGGGGUCACCAACUCGCUGCGCUCUCCGGGGGACGGCGGCUUUGCCCUGCACAUCUCCGGGGACCCGGAGCGCUACGUGUCGGGAUCUGUAUACACGAUCUCCAUCUCGGCGCCGGCCGGCAAGACCUUCCGCCGCUUCCUGCUCACCGUGGAGCCCGCCGAGGCCGAGGCGGUGGGCCGCCGCUGGGCCGGCAGCUUCCAGCUGUUCCAGGACCCGGCCGUGCAGUUCCACCCCAUGUGCAUCAACGCGGUGAGCGAGGGUGAGACGCCCGAGCCCGCGGCGCGCCACGAGGUGCAGACCAUGUGGCGCGCGCCCACCUCCGGCUGCGUCCGCUUCAAGGCGAUGGUGCAGGAGGACGAGGCCCUGUGGUUCGCCGAGGAAGGCGCCCUCGGCGUGACCCUGUGCGACCUGGUGGCGGUCCCCGAGGCAGCCGCCGAGUCCGACACGCAGGAGUGCUGCGCCUGCGACGAGGCCAAGUACAAGUUUAUAUUCCAGGGCAUCUGGUCCAGCGAGACCCACCCGAAGGACUACCCGACCUUCCUGUGGCUGACGCACUUCAGCGACGUGAUCGGCGCCUCCCACGAGGCCAACUUCACCUUCUGGGGCGAGGGGCAGAUCGCCUCGGACGGCUUCCGGCAGCUGGCCGAGUGGGGCUCGGUGGGCUGGCUGGAGCGGGAGCUGCGUGCCAAGUCCCAGCACCUGCGCAGCCUCAUUAAGGCCGGCGGGCUGUGGCACCCGCGCGUCAACCAGAACACCAGCGCCACCUUCAACGUCGACAAGCGGAGGCACCUCGUCUCCCUGGCCUCCAUGUUCGGGCCAUCCCCAGAUUGGGUGGUGGGUGUCUCGGGACUCAACCUCUGCCAGGCGGACUGCUCUUGGCUGGAGAGCAAGGUCAUCGACCUUUACCCCAUCGACGCCGGCACAGACAGCGGCAUCACAUACAUGUCGCCCAACGCGCCCACCGUCCCCCGGGAGGAGAUGUACCGCAUCACCACCAUGUACCCCGAGGACCCUCGCGCGCCGUUCUACGACCCAUCCGGGGCGCCCAUGCAGCCCCUGGCGAGGCUCUACAUCACCCGGGAGGCCGUCACCAGCAAGCCCUGCGGGGACGACGACGAUGACAUCGUGGAGCAGACCGUCUUCGAGGACAUCGAGACCAAGGACGACGGCGAGCGGCCCGAGUGCCGCGUGGACGAGUGGACGCCGUGGUCGCCGUGCUCCGUGUCGUGCGGCAAGGGCCUGCGCAUGCGCACCCGCAACUACCAGAUGGACGCCAAGGCGCAGAUGCUGGGCUGCGACAAGCAACUGGUCCAGAAGGAGAUGUGCGUGGCCCACGAGCCGUCCUGCCCGGGUGACGCCGAGGAGCUGGACGCGGCGGAGCAGACCAACUGCGCCGUCACGCCGUGGGGACCGUGGUCCGAGUGCUCGUCGUCAUGCGGACCAGGGUCCGAGGUGCGGUCACGCCGCUUCGAGGAUCGCCUCGGCCUCAAGAAGUGCCCCUUCAUCGAGCUGACGGAGAAGAGGAAGUGCUCGCAGCCGCCGUGCGUGGACACCGUGCCGGUGGACCCCAACUGCCGGCUGACGGACUGGUCCGACUGGUCGCCUUGCUCCGUGUCCUGCGGCUCGGGCCGCAAGUUCCGCUCGCGCCUCGUGCUCGUGGCCGACGAGGACCUGCGGGAGCGCUGCGCCCGGUACCACACCCUGAGCGAGGAGAGGCCCUGCUCCAUCAAGGAGUCCUGCAUCAUCUCCGUCGCGGACGCUGAGGAGGCUUGCCUGCAGGCCGAGGAGCCCGGUCCGUGCCGUGCCUACUUCGAGCGCUGGUACUUCGACCGGGAGGCCCGCCAGUGCCGGCCGUUCGGCUACGGCGGCUGCAGGGGCAACCGCAACAACUUCCACUCGCUGACCGAGUGCAGCACGGUGUGCGCGGGCGUCAGGG